AAUUAUGAAAUACAUACUGUACUAAAUGCAUUUUUCUUUAAGGUUAAACAGAUCUUUGUAGUUGACAUGCUCUUUUGACUAAAUUGAUUAAUAAAUUUAAUAAAUGGUACGUGACUAUUCAUCUGUUUACUACUACCAGCUCGAUAUGCAAAUGCACAUACUAUCUAAAAUAGCGGAGGUCGCUCAGAGUUCAUUAAACUUCAAGUAAGAAUUCUAAAUGACCAUGUCAGAAUGUCAAAAGUUCCGUUUUGCGAUUGACAGAGGAGGCACGUUCACUGACAUCUGGGCACAGUGUCCAUCUGGCGGAGUAAAGGUGCUGAAACUGUUGUCUGAGGACCCGCAAAACUAUUCUGAUGCCCCCAGGGAAGGCAUUAGAAGAAUUUUAGAGCAGGAGCUUGGCCACCCAGUCCAGGCUGAUAAGCCGAUUGAUGUGUCGCAAAUAGAAUGGAUCCGCAUGGGAACCACUGUGGCAACCAAUGCCCUUCUUGAGAGAAAGGGAACCAAAAUGGCGCUUCUCAUUACUGAAGGGUUUAAGGAUCUAUUGCAUAUCGGGAACCAAGCGAGGCCAAGCAUAUUUGACUUGGAGAUCAGCACACCGUCACAGUUGUACGAGCGAGUGGUAGAAGUACGUGAAAGACUUGUUCUCCACCAGGACCGAUGUCAGAUACAAAAACAAGUGCCUAUUGUGCAGGGAAAAACCAAAGAACAGCUUGAGGUUUGGACAGAAAUCGAUGAGGGCAAGUUACGUGACGACCUCCAAGUGCUCAGGAAUGACGGGUUUACCAGUAUCGCUGUGGUUCUCAUGCACUCUUACACCUAUGACGGCCAUGAAAAGCAAGUGGGGCAGAUUGCCCGUGAGAUGGGCUUUACCCAGGUGUCCCUCUCCUCUGAUGUGAUGCCCAUGGUUCGUAUUGUGCCCAGGGGCUAUACAGCCUGUGCAGAUGCCUACCUGACUCCGUGCAUCAAGACGUAUGUGGCCGGCUUUGCAUCUGGCUUUAAGGGUGGACUUGAGAAGAUGCAUGUGCUUUUUAUGCAGUCUGAUGGUGGAUUGACUCCAGUAGAAUCGUUUAUUGGAUCUCGAGCCAUUUUGUCAGGCCCUGCUGGGGGUGUUGUGGGAUAUGCUCUCACCACCUAUAACAGGGCCUCAACUAUGCCUGUUAUUGGAUUCGACAUGGGAGGUACUUCCACGGAUGUGAGUCGAUAUGCUGGCCAGUAUGAGCAUGUGUUUGAAACCACCACUGCUGGGGUCACUAUACAGGCACCUCAGUUGGACAUUAACACAGUGGCUGCAGGAGGAGGGUCAAUGCUGUUCUUCCGCUCUGGAAUGUUUGUUGUGGGGCCGGAGUCAGCAGGGGCCAAUCCGGGGCCUGUCUGUUAUAUGAAAGGUGGACCACUGACAGUGACAGAUGCCAACCUGUGCCUUUCUCGACUUCUUCCUCAGUAUUUCCCAAAGAUCUUCGGUAAAACUCAGGACCAGCCGUUAGAUGUCACCGCCACCAAUAAAGCAUUCCUCAAACUUACUCAAGAGGUAAAUGAGUUUCUGGCCAGCCAAUCAGCAAGUGCGAAGAAAGUGCCAAUGUCGGUGGAGGAAGUUGCUAUGGGAUUCAUCAAGGUGGCCAAUGAAACCAUGUGCCGGCCUAUUAGGGCACUCACUCAGGCCAAGGGUCAUGACACAUCAAGACAUAUCCUGGCAUGUUUUGGAGGAGCAGGAGGGCAGCAUGCUUGUGCUAUAGCUAGAAGUCUCGGCAUGACAGAAGUGUUUGUGCACAGGUAUGCAGGUAUCCUGUCUGCCUAUGGGAUGGCCCUGGCUGAUGUGGUGUCUGAGUGUCAGGAACCAUGUGCAGAUGAUUACAAACCGGAGAGCCUUGCCUACCUAGAUGAGAGAAUCAGGGUUUUGUCAGCCCAGUGCCGAGAGGAACUGAGAAAACAGGGAUUCAAGGAAGACCAAAUUGAGAUGAUUCCCUUCCUGCACAUGAGAUACAAGGGCACAGACUGUGCGCUCAUGUGUUCCACUGAAAACAACCCUCCUGCAGAGGGAACCAGUCAAUAUGGAGACUUCCUCGCUUCUUUUAAUGACAGGUAUUACACAGAGUUUGGGUUCACCCUACCCUCACGUGCCAUAAUUGUUGACGAUAUCCGGAUCAGAGGUGUGGGGAAAGCCAUCAGUGGAGAAAAUCUAGACAUACCACCAGCAAAAGGCUCUCCUCCAGUAGAAAUGGAGACAGAAUGCUUCUUUGAUGAUGGCUGGCGGAAAACUUCAGUAUACUUACUGAACAACCUCUCAGCUGGACAUGUCCUAGAAGGUCCUGCAAUUGUCAUGAAUGGAAACAGUACAAUUCUUGUGGAGCCCACAUGUCAGGCCACAGUCACAAAGCAGGGAGACAUCAAGAUAAAGAUUGGUACAGGGGUCGUUGAAGAAGUUGGGAAGGAGUUAGACAUGAUCCAGCUGUCCAUCUUCUCCCACAGAUUCAUGAGCAUUGCUGAACAGAUGGGGAGAGUUCUUCAAAGAACCUCCAUUUCCACAAACAUCAAGGAACGGCUGGAUUUUUCCUGUGCAAUGUUUGGUCCCGAUGGAGGACUGGUAGCCAAUGCUCCCCAUAUUCCCGUACACUUGGGCGCCAUGCAAGAAACUGUCCAGUAUCAGAUGCGUGUUCUUGGUGAUAAAAUAUUUGAGGGUGACGUGAUUUUGUCCAACCAUCCCCAAGCCGGAGGCAGUCAUCUUCCUGAUCUCACAGUAAUCACUCCUGUUUUCUACCCAGGCCAGUCCCGACCAGUGUUUUUCGUUGCUAGUCGGGGUCACCAUGCGGACAUAGGGGGUAUAACUCCAGGGUCCAUGCCUCCUCACUCCAGAUAUCUACAUGAAGAGGGGGCAGUCUUCAAGUCCUUCAAGCUUGUUGAUAAUGGGGUCUUUCAGGAGGAUGCCUUGAAGCAAGCCCUGAACGACCCCGCCCAGUACCCUGGCAGCAGUGGAACCCGUAAUCUUCAUGACAACCUUAGCGACCUUAAAGCCCAGGUGGCAGCCAAUCAGAAGGGCAUACGGCUCAUUAAGGGCUUGAUUGACGAGUACGGGUUGGAGGUUGUGCAGGCUUACAUGGCACAUAUACAGGACAAUGCAGAGAUAGCUGUCAGGGACAUGUUACGAGAAAUUGCCCGCAAGACCAGAGCCCGUACUGGGACCACUCAUCUGUACGCCCAGGAUUUCAUGGACAAUGGGGCCGAGAUUAAUCUCAAGAUAAAUAUUGAUGAACAACAGGGUACUGCAGUCUGUGAUUUCACAGGCUCCUCCUAUGAGGUUUAUGGCAACCUUAAUGCUCCAAGGGCAGUAACUCUGUCUGCACUCAUUUACUGCCUUAGAUGCAUGGUCGGGCAUGAUGUCCCUUUGAACCAGGGUUGCCUAAAGCCGGUGCAAGUGGUGAUUCCCAAAGGCAGCAUCCUUGACCCUUCAGAGAAUGCUGCAGUUGUUGGCGGGAAUGUGCUCACAUCUCAGAGAAUUGUUGAUGUGAUUCUCAAGGCCUUCGGUGUGUGUGCAGCAUCUCAGGGUUGUAUGAAUAACAUCACAUUUGGAGAUGCAGAGUUUGGCCAUUACGAGACGGUGGCAGGAGGAGCAGGGGCAGGCCCCAGCUGGGAUGGAAGAAGUGGUGUGCAUACCCAUAUGACCAACACCCGCAUAACAGACCCUGAGAUUCUUGAGAGAAGGUACCCAGUAAUGUUGCGUCAGUUUCACCUCAUGCCGGGGACUGGGGGUGGUGGGCAGUUUCGUGGAGGUGAUGGUGUUAUCAGGGAAUACAUGUGGAGGAAGAACCUCACCCUUUCUGUCCUCACUGAGAGAAGAGUAUUUGCUCCAUAUGGUUUGAAAGGAGGCCUACCCGGGGAGAAGGGUUUGAACCUGAUGAUCUACAAAGAUGGCCGGGUUGUGAAUGUUGGGGGCAAGACAUCUGUUGACUGUAACGCAGGGGAUGUAUUCAAACUACAAACGCCAGGGGGAGGAGGAUAUGGUCAGCAAGAAAAUGAGCCCAGUAAAAAUGAUGACGGGCAAGUCGGGGAACCAGAUCGAAAGAAAAGGAAGGUGCAGGGAACCAGUAGAACAAUGGUUGGAACUGGAAGUGUGUUUGAGUAUCAGAGGGCACAGGAAUCAGUUUAACUGUUAAGGAGAAUAAACUUUUUCUUUACUUCAAAGAACUAUGUGAAUUCUGCUGAUUAACAUAAAGUGUAUCUCUCAUAAUACCUUUUUUAAGCCUUUUUUCAAGGUCGUCUUACCUUCUUUUGAAAAGUAAGUCCGAAACUCGGUCUACACCUCAACUAAAAAGGGUAUACUUUAAGACUUUUGUUUUACAAAUGUUGUUUUUGUUUCUGAUUGAAUGUCAUUUUGCGUUAUUGUGUUAUUCACAAAAUAAAGGCCUGGCUUCUUCCCUCGUUCCGUUGGAUAAGCCAUGUUUUAUGGUUUAAUGUUCGGCUUCCAGGCGUGUCGCUGUAGCUGUCGAUUCUAUUAUUUGUCUUUUGAUAUGUAACAUACCUAACAUACCUUGCGUUUUGCAUAGUGUAUUCCACCAAAUGCAGAGAAUUGACAAAAUGAGUUGCCAUGUUAAUAGCUUCAGGGAAUGAAGUUUGAUGACUAAAGUCUUCCACAAAUCGUUCGAUGUUGUUUUUUUUCGGUUUGAGUUUUAGCCAUUGAUCUAUGAAUAUUCACUACAAAUCGGAAACUUGUAGAAAAUAACAUAUAUAUAUGUGUGUGUGUGUGUGUGUGUGUGUGUGUGUGUGUGUGUGUGAUAUAUUAUGUAAGAAUGAGAUAUUAUGUACUUCAAAUUACUUUAUUUUUCAUCUUUGUUAGUUAUCCAAAUGUUUUAUUGCAUUAUUCUAGACUUAUAUUUUGCUUCUUUUUAAGACAUGUUUUAAAUAUUGUCCACUUUAAAUUAUUUUGUAAUAUUUUUAGAAAAAUGCCUGCUACUGAAUUGUCAAUACGUCUUUUUAAUGCAUAGCUUUAUUUUCUCUUAAAAUAUAUUACUUAGUAACAGUAUAUAUAAAGUUAUGUUUGUAGAAACAGAGACACUUUUAUUUUUAUUAGUAAUAUGAUUUAUCAUACAAUUUAUCGUUUAACCAUGGUUUUCGAGUAUUGAUAAACUUUCAAUAGGAAUUGUCAAUGUACACGUCUGUUGACCAUUAGAACAACAACUACAUUUCCAGAUCGGUAAAAUGUUACUUGUAUAAACCUCUUAAAAGGAAACAAACAUACUCACCAUUUUAUUCCAUUUCCAACUAAUUGGCACCGCAAUGACAUAUUUGUUGGAGCCUUUUCAAUGCAUAGCAAGCGACUAUGCUACAAUGAAAAAAAUGACAAUUCAAAUUAAACGUACAUCACAACUAUAUAUCACUUUCGUUUUUCUGGGUUAUUUAACUAUGUAAAUCGUUCAUAUGUGUAUGUGUUUUCAUUUUUUAAUAUCGUUUAUUUUAUAAAGCGUACUUUUAUAAUUAAACAGUAUAGUAUAUCUCAUAACAAGCAUAUUUACUCAAUAAAUUACCAGAAAUCUG